GCCGUCCCCAGUGGAAAGGAGCUAGAGGUAGUUUGGUCUUUUCACGUUGUUGCGCCGCGUCGCUGCUAUGAAACUCCCCGUUCCUCUCCUUCGGUCUCUUCGAUGAACCAGGUUGCGUGGUGUUGCCUCCCUGUCAGGCAAUGCAGAAGCAUGAUGCGGAGAUCGCACUCUGAGCUAGGAGUCGGCCGGAAGCCCAACAAGCUCGCCGGAAGAGGGUGCCACCGGAAACACGUCGAGGACGGGUAGACGCCGCCCAUCGUCGUCAUCGCCCCCAACUUGUUCCUCUGCUUUUGUGUUGCUUUUGGUGGUAGUAGCUGGAAGGGUUCAUAUAGAUGGAGGAGGUACCGCCGCCGCUGCCGUCGUCGGAAGGCCGUAGUGUUCUCCACGGGCGUUACGAGCUUGGACGGGUCAUCGGGCAGGGCAGCUUCGCGAAGGUGCACCUCGCGCGGGACCUCCGCACCGGGAAGAACGUGGCCAUGAAGGUUGUGGGCAAGGAGAAGAUCGUGCAGGUGGGCAUGAUAGAGCAGGUGAAGCGCGAGAUCUCGGUCAUGAAGAUGGUCCGCCACCCCAACGUCGUGGAGCUCCACGAGGUGAUGGCCACCCGCUCCAAGAUCUACUUCGCCAUGGAGCUCGUCCGCGGGGGCGAGCUUUUCGCCAAGGUCGCCUGCUCCGGGAGGCUCCGGGAGGGCGCUGCCCGCCACUACUUCCGCCAGCUCGUCUCCGCCGUCGAUUUCUGCCACGGGCGCAGCGUCUACCACCGCGACCUCAAGCUGGAGAACCUCCUCCUGGACGAGCAGGGGAACCUCAAGAUCGCCGACUUCGGGCUCAGUGCCUUCGCCGACCACGUUCGGCAGGACGGGCUCCUUCACACCGCCUGCGGCACGCCGGCGUACGUUGCCCCGGAGGUGUUCGGCAAGAAGGGCUACGACGGGGCCAAGGCCGAUCUCUGGUCCUGCGGCGUCAUCCUCUUCGUCCUCCUCGCGGGGUUUCUGCCGUUCCAAGACGACAACCUCCUCGCCAUGUACAAGAAGAUCCGCCGCGGCGACUUCCGCUGCCCGCCGUGGUUCUCGUCCGACGCCCGAAGGCUCAUGAUCAGGCUGCUCGAUCCGAACUCCAACUCUAGAAUCACCGUCGAGAAGCUCAUGGAGACACCGUGGUUCAACAAGUCUUCCCUACCCAAGGGGGUGCGUGGGCCGGAAGCGGCGGCGGGGACCGCAGAGGAGACGGGCGACAAAGAAUGUGCAGGGAAAGAAGGGGAGGAGCCCGAGCGGCUGAACGCGUUCCAUCUGAUAUCGUUCUCGGAGGGGUUCGACCUCUCGCCGCUGUUCGUGGGAGGGGAAAGGAGGGAGGAGGAGAUGAGGUUCGCGACGAGGGAGCCGGCGAGCGGGAUAGUGUCGAGGCUGGAGGGUGUAGCGGCGAGAGCAGCAGGGAAGUACCGGGUGACGAAGAGCAGUGCGACCGGAGUGAGGCUGGAAGGGGAGGGGCGGGGCAGGAAGGGGAAGCUCGCGGUCGCCGCGGACAUCUUCAGCGUGGCCUCGUCGGUGCUGGUGGUGGCGGUCAGGAAGGACGGCGGCGACACCCUGGAGUACCAGAAGUUCUGCAGCGACGAACUCCGCCCUGCGCUCAAGGAUAUCAUGUGGGCUUCAUCUGAUGGCCAGACCGCUACAGGUUAAUUGUAUCUGGAACUAUGGAAGCUCACUUCAUCUCUCUCUCUCUCUCUCUCUCGUUUCAUGAUUUGUUCUUGUAAGCGACUGGUUUCAGCUUUCUCUCUCGUGCUCUUUCUGCUGUGUUCAGUGGUUGUGGAAGAUGAUCCGCUGGUGUAGAAAUCGUUCCACUUUUUCUA